AUGGGUCCCAUAGUUUUGGAGUCUAUAUUAUUGGAGUCGAAGGAACAACAUCAGUGUCAUCCUAUUUCAACCAAGUCUGGGGUUUUGAAAUUGCAUAUUGUCGAGAUUACCCCUGAGCACGAGCCACCAUUGUUAGAAGAAGUGGAAGAAGAAAAGCUGGUUGAGAUCGAGAGUAUUGAAGUAGAAAACAAUGGGUCCCAUUCCGAUUUCAAAAUCAGUUAUUCCCGAACCCACAUCGGAAUCGACCCAGAUGCUCAUAUCGACUUACACGAGAUCGGAAUGGAAUUGUGUUCCAAAGCUUUGGAAGAAACCGUAACAAAUGAAGAAGCUCAAACUCUAUUCGACAAAGCGGAUUCAAAGUUCCAAGAAGUGGUGGCUUCAAAGUUCCAAGAAGAUGCUCUGCUGUAA